UCCGAAGCAAUCCGAAAAGAAAUUUCGUCAUAGCCAAUAUGGCGACGUUUCAGGCGCUGAACGUCAACUUGGUGAAAUACGUAUGCUCUUGUGGGAAAAAUCAUCCUGUUUGCAGGCUAUAUUUGUGUCGACACUGCUUGAAGUUAAGAUGUGGAGAUUGUGUACUUCAUGAAGUGGACACCCCAUACUGCCCGAAUUGCCUUGAGCACAUGCCAUCAACAGAGGCAAAGCUAAAGAAAAACAGGUGCAGUAACUGUUUUGACUGUCCAAGCUGUGGACACACUAUGACCACUAGAGCCACAAGUCAAGUGGUCACUAAUCCUGAUGAUCCCAACAAGACCACUACCAAGAAGGUUUACUACCUUGCGUGUGGCUUCUGUCGCUGGACCACCAGGGAUGUAGGCAUUACGGACAAACCACAAGCCAGUGGAUGCUGGGAAGCUCUUGAGAAUCCAGACUCUAAAAGGAUUUUCUCUCUUUUGGAGACCUACCAACAACUUGCUCAGCGAGAGAAAACUGAAAAAGAGAGGAAGAAAUAUGUGAGGCGGCGCAGUUACCUCAACUAUGCGGCUAGUAUGGACAAGUACGGACUCACAUCUGUAGCUGCCAAGAAGAAGGCUUCAGUGGGCUCCAGUAUGAGCAUUCACAGAUUUUGUACCCUGAAGGAGAAUGAGGAGGCUGUAAUUAAGACAUUUUCGCCUCCGGAGCCUGUAGUUGACUUUGAUCCCUUGCCAGAUGACAUUUUUACAGAGCCAGUAUUACUGGACAAAGUUGCCAGUAUUGGCCAGAGACUUGCCAGUCCUGAGUUCCAGCCAGAGGAAGCAGGGUCUUUGUAUCCUCGCCACAAGCACCUGCUGAUUCGCAGGUCACUUAGGUGUAAGGAAUGUGAACACAAUUUGAGCAAACCAGAAUUCAACCCACUUUCUAUAAAAUUUAAGAUCCAGUUGAUAGCAUUACUUCAUGUUCCAGAGAUAAGAAUUUUCUCUCCUACUGAACUCAAGUUCAAAAAGGAGUGUAAGGUAGUGCUGUCUGUCUGUAACCCUGCUGUGUACAACACAACCAUCAGUCUAAUACCCAUAAAGGAUGAAGACAACUUCAGCAACUCAAAGGUUGAACUGCCAAAACAAGAAGUGAUAAUUUCUAGCCGGGACGAUGCUGCAAUAUAUGAUGAUGGAAACCAAGGACAGGAGGUGUUCAAGGAUGAUCCAAGUAUUGUGAAGUUUAGAAGAGACAAUAAGAUUGGGAUAAUAAUCAAGGUGACACCAGGAAUUCAGGAGGGUGAUGUCAAGGUUGGUUUCUGGCUGAAGCAUGACUACAGGAACACUGCCAUUGCCCUCCCAUCAGAAGGUCAGGAACCCCAGACUGUGUGGCUCCAGCAUCGAGUCCAUCUCAACAUCGGCCCGCUCAAGGUCACAAAAUGAGAAAAGAACUUUUGAUAUGAAGGGGUCACUGAAUGAGGACCAGAUCCUGUGGUCUUAAACAGAUUCUCGACCCUAGUCAACUCCAGCAAGCAGAUCAUUACAGUGGAAAUAUAUCAGACAAGACUUAUAUCCACUAGUUGUUUGGUUACCUAAAACUUUGUCUAUUUUAAUCGCCUUUUGUCCGUCGUCCAUUCGUAAACAAUUUACAUUUUCGACUUUUCAAUAACCAAGAGGCCUAGAGACCUGAUAUUGACCCAAUUGCUUGUGACUUAUUCUUGUUAGCCAAAAGAUAUAACAUUAUGAUGGUCAGCUUCCUUAGAUCCAUAUUAAUGACCUGAAGAAACUUUUUAAAAAAUCACAUCAAUUCAAGUCUUUCCAACAAAAACUAUAGAACAGGUGGACGGUAAAGGCCUGGUUGGCGUCUUGUUUAUUUUUGGUGUACGGUUUAUUCAGAAUUUGUAUCUGAAUUUUUCUUACAUAGAUUAUAUUGUAUUUGUUCAUAUGCUUUUACUUAAUUAAAUAGAGAAGACUAGUUAUUUUCUGUGUAAUCGGUAUACAAAUUAAACCUAAGAAAUUGAAAUAAGUGACAAGGUUCAUCUGAUAUGAGCUAACAAUAAUUUUGCACAAUGCUCACUUUCCUUUUCCUACUGUGCAAAAUUUUCAAACAAGUGUCUGUUCAUUAAAAAAAUUGUAGGAUUAUUUUUCUUUUCUUCUUUUUGAAUUGAACUUUGAAUCCACCUUUCUGCUUUGAACUUCAAGUUAUAGUUUGUUCACAAUGUAUAUUUAAAAGAUUUUGCAAAUACCAUUAAUUAUCAGUGUAACAGAGGGCAGUAUUAAUGACAUUUCAAUGCCUCCUCUAGGGAUCGAACCCAGGAUCUCAGGAUUACUCAUCUUACCAGUUCUCUUUAUGAUAUUUAACAGGGUUAAUUGAGUUCUCUUUAUGAUAUUUAACAGGGUUAAAUUAGUAUUAAUGAACUACUAACAAAGAAAAUCUGCCAGUUUAAAUAUAUCAUAAAGAUGCUUCAAAUAGAAGGUUGUUGGGAAAAUAUGGCUGAGAUUAAAUAUUACCUUUAUUGCUGCUACACCAUUCGAGGUAACCAUCAAUAGUACACAAAAAAUUAGAUCAUAAAAGUUUUCAGGGUGAAAACCAUUUGAUAAAUAAAUGUAGAAAUAUCAGUUCAGAAGUCUGAUUGAGGAAUUCUGAAAGUUUAUUUUGUAAAAUUAACUCUGGGUUUUUUUUGUGGUACUCAUUACAUGUGUGUUAAUGUUCCUAACUAUUGUAGGUAUAGAAUAGUGCUGAGUAGCUUCACCGUGUAACAGCAGUUAUGAUGAGAUGUGUGUGAUUGUGGAAUUCCUUUUAAGAAAUUCUGAUAUUAGAGUUAUUUAUUGCGAAAAUGAAGACAUCUGUUGUGGUGUCAUCAUGUACUAUGGAGGAAAGCUUAGUGAUAUGUUUCUGAAGAAUCAAAUGAUUUUGUGCUUUGCAGAAUUGUAUUUGCUUGACUUUAUAAAAACCUUCCAAGCCUACAUUACAACUCUGUGAUAUGUUUGCUACUCCUUAAAAACUGCAUUUACACUGGUACUAUAUGUUGUUGUGGGAGUGGCAUGUUCAGUGCUGGACAAUAAAUAUUUAUCUCAUAACUCAAA